UGAGUAGGAGUUUAAUUUUAAGUAAACUGUUUUCUUUUGAGCAAAGAAUCCUGAGCUACAUUAUCCGUUGGGUAAUGUGUUUCUGGGUUCUCAACAUAUAAGUAAAAGACUCGAUUGUCAUGACCAGAAUGCCUAUGGUCGUGAGAUUACUAGAUCCGGGCUAAUCGGAGUCGAAAACCAAGAAUUUCUUGCUGCUUCGUCAUGAUAUUAAAGUAGUAUCUCUAACUACUAAUUCUCCCCCUUGGUUCAUAUCGAAAGUUUCAGCUGAUGCCCAACUUUUCGAAGAAAAAAAUCAAGGCCAUGUUUCUCAUAACCUUCGUUUGUUCUUAGCACAUAUUGGCAGCGAAACAAGUCUGAAUUGCAUCAACAUUGGAGAAGACACUCAUAUUUUGGCUUCUAAAAGCUCAAAUUCUGAAGCAUGGCAGAUUCUGAUGCUCCUGAAAUAUUGGAUAUUACUACGUACACAGCAGACAAACGUUGGCUAGAAAAUAUAUUUCGUGAUGUUUCUAAAUUGUCUGUAGCUAAGCAGACUGUGGUUGGUGGUAUAUCUGGCUGGUGUGCAGGAAUGCUUUUUGCAAAAGUAGGAAAAGUUGCUGCAGCAACUGUUGGAACAAGUCUUUUACUCUUACAGAUAGCCCAGCAUCAAGGUUAUGUUACAGUAAACUGGACCAAAAUUGAAAAGAGCAUGCAAACGGCCAAGGUUUCUAUUGAAAGAGACACCAAGAAAGCCUAUCCCCAUGUUGCAGCUUCAAUCAAAACAUUUUUCGCACAGAAUGUUUUCCUGGCAUCAGGUUUUGCUGGUGGUUUUCUGCUUGGAUUAUCAUCAUGAUGUCUUUACAAUUCCUUUUCUUCUCUAAUAAACCAUACAAAUAUAUAAUUCAAUAUAAGAA